AUGGUCGUUCAAACUUCAAUAAAUUUACCAAUUCGCAAUAACUGUUCGCCGGUGCAUAUAUCUCGCGUGCAAAUCGAUUGGGAUAUUAAUGAUAGUGUAGUUCCACAUGUCACCGAAUAUGACGACUUCCAAGAUUGGGCCAAUGGCCAUUGUCGCCUUGUGUAUUCCGCUAAUAAUGAAGAUGCUAGAAAACAUUCAUCAGGUUGGGCAAUGAGGAACACCAACAACCAUAAUAUUAACAUACUGAAAAAAAGUUGUCUUGGUGUCUUGUUAUGUUCCGAUAAAUGCAAGUUACCCAAUGGUAAUAAUGUUAACUUAAGACCCGCCAUCUGCGAUAAGGCCAGACGUAAACAACAAGGAAAACCAUGUCCGAACAGAAAUUGCUCGGGUCGCUUGGAAAUUCAACCGUGUCGUGGACAUUGUGGAUAUCCUGUUACACAUUUUUGGCGUCGUUCCGGUAAUUCUAUAUUUUUCCAAGCCAAGGGUACUCAUGAUCACCCCAGACCUGAAGCUAAGGGCUCCUCAGAAGCCCGUCGCCUACUGGGAACCGGUCGCCGUGUUCGCAGUUUGGCAGUCCUCUUAGCUAGAGACGCUGCUCUUAAUGAAAAACUAAAUAGCUUAAAGACUUGCAAAAACCAAAGGAAAAACUUGAAAAACAACAGUGAAAGUUGCAAUCGUUCUUUAAAAAGUGACUAUCCCUUGGGAUUGCAAAAUAGCCCAAGCACGGUGGGUAUGUCUGCCUCCUAUGCGAAUAUUUCUCAAAAACUUAAUAACAACAAUGUGGUUAAUCCCGAAUGGAUGGCGGUAAACAAUUUGGAAGAAUACCCUACUUCUAGUGCAGGACUUGCAGAUUUUGGAUGCUCUAUUAAUACUACAAUGGACCAAAUGCCGUGUAUACAAAAUCAUCCCAAUGUAAUAAUGAACCCAUCACUCGCGCAGCCAACAUUCAGACACCCGCAAAAUUAUGCGGUAAAUAAUUCGUCAUCGAUGAAUUACAAUGCUGUCUGCGAUCAGCAUACAGCUUCGGCGACAAAUUUGCCAAAUUUCACAAAUCAUGAUUCGCAUAAGUGGUCUUCAGAAAAUUGUGAUGACAACUCGAGUUUAACUAGCAGUUCCGGCUAUAAUUCGGAUGAUUAUUAUUUCCCUGCUUACUUGCCUACCGCCUUCAAUAAUUUCGAAGCCAAUCAAGGCGACUCUUUACCGACAACAGUAUCCGUGGGGGCCCAAAAUUCGAAUAAUUCGUACUAUACAACCUCUUUGUCAUCCGAAAACGACAUGUAUUGCAGCAAUUUCGACUCUAAUCAAGCCUUACCAAUGUUUGAAAAUGGAACAGCGAAUUAUCAAGCGAUACCUACUCAUAGCUCGCAUUUUCCUGAGAGUGCGUCAAAUCAAUCUGAGCUGAAUCACGCUAUAGCGUCAUCGGAUCCCACAGCAGGUAGAGAUGUUGAUUUUUACUACAGUAAUGGCGGGGAUGCCUGGAACAUACAAAUGAACACAUCACCAUUAAUUUAUGGCGAUAACGCAAAUGAAACUCUCCACCCUUUAAUGCAACAAAAUCAAGCGAUGACGCUGCCUACAGGGGUUUAUUAA